UCCAGCUGGCACGCGGAAACUGGAAAGUGAACUGGAAAGCGCCACUAGAUCUCCAAAGUAGCAGGGCUGCAUUCACGUUUCACGUUGCCAAGAACGGAUGUUUCUUUUAUGUAAUUAGGCUAUUUUUCUUCUUCUUUUUUUUCCCCCGUAGAGAUCCGACUCAGAUAGUUGAUCUAAAGACGUCAAACCACUGCGCUGUCAUCCUCAGGAGGAAGUUAUGGCACACAGCGAACCACCGGUCGCUUUGAAUGGGUCUCAAAUUUCAUACAUCGGACAUGACUGUACGAACAUCCCAGCCUUCCUUGGAGACGCAUACGGCCACUUUGCAAAGAGGCUGGAUCUGAGUUUCAAUCAGCUCAGGUCACUGGCAGGCCUCAAAAUGUUCACUGAGCUGGAAGAGCUGGUCGUCGACAACAAUCUGCUUGGAAAUGACCUCCAGUUGCCCAGGUUACCCAACCUCCACACCCUGACACUCAAUAAGAACCGACUGACUGAUAUCGAGGCCCUGCUGGAACACUUGGCUGAUGUGACCCCAUCACUGGAGUACCUAAGCCUGCUGGGAAACGAGGCCUGCCCCAAUCAGCUGGUCAGCCCGGAUAAGGAUGAGGACGACUAUCAGAGAUACAGGUACUUUGUUCUGUACAAGUUACCCCAGCUGAAGUUUCUGGACACCAGGAAAGUAACCAGAAAAGAAGUGAUGGAGGCACAAGCAAGAGGAGCUUUCAUGAAAGUGGUCAAACCCAAAUCAGAAGCUCCACCUAAUGAGGCUGGAUCUGAAAGUCACCCACUGCCCUACACCCCUCUACCCCGAGGAUCCAGAGAUGCCAAGACCCAUAAAGGGGUAUUUGCCAAAUGUCGCUACGUCUACUACGGCAAGCACUCAGAAGGCAACAGAUUCAUCCGGAACGAUCAGCUCUGAUGGACAGCUGUUCAGGCGCCACACGGAGGGACAUGAGUGAUCAUGGAUGCAGAAGAACAGGGGGUCAAAUCCUUCUAUUUAUUAAAACCACUGGUGACAUUUGACUCGCCUGAUCUCCCACUGCAAAAAGAUUUAAUCUUUAUGCAAUAAUGCUGGUAUCGUUAUGUAAGGUGGACGAUUUCUAUUUUUGUAGCUUGUUUUGUUUUCAAAGAUCACAUUCCAGCCCCAUAGUUACAAGCUCCUCUGCUGAGAUGAGUCUGCUUCUGCCUCCCUGGUUGCAGCUCAGAGUCAGAGAUGACACUCCCACUGACAUGAUUGCCUCUAAGCAUCAGCAACUGCACAACUCCAGACACACUAUACACACACACACACACACAUGCAAGGACAGUCUCUCUCUUUCUUACACACAGUCAGCAACAAACACACCCAGCCAAUUGCAUCCUUUUCUCUGACAGCCAUGAUGGAUCACUUGUCCACUACCACCACUAAUCAAGGGUGAAAGGGGUGACGGUCACACACCUGGGGCCUGACAUAGACUCAUCUCCUUCAUUCUUUCUUCCUCUCUCUCUCUCUACACACACACACACACACACACACACACACACAACUGUUGUUUAAAACAUUAAGACGUUGCCAAGAGUUUGACAGAACAAGGUUUAUACAGCCUUGUUAAACAUUUCUAUAAUUUUCAUUUGACACCUGAGGCAUGAUCAGUGUGUCUCAUUUAGUUUGCAGCAGAGUGCAGAAUGUUUCUUGUGCUUGUAUGAAUAUUAUUGAAUGAAUUGUAUCUUUCUAUUGACUUAAAGAGAUGUAAUCUUCUUGAAAGUCAGACUGUUUGACAUUUGAGUGAUGAUUUGGUCAGUUUCUGCUGCAAGUGUGCAUAUGUUAGCAUGAAUUUUAUUUUUUUAUAUAUAUAUAUAUAUAUAUAUAUAUAUACAUAUUAUAGUUCCAUCUGCUCACCUUUUUUUGCAUUUCGUCACUCUUAUCUUAAACCACUUAACUCCUUCCUACUGAAACGCAUUGUUUACAUGGCACUGAGAUGCAUUGCAAACAAACUAUGAUCCACUGUAAUAUUGAUGCAUGAUGAGUGUUUACAUUUUAUUACGCUGUUAUAAUCUAGAUAUUUUUACACUGUCUUUGUGAUGAUUUUUCGUGGCUUUAUCAAAACGACAGGUAAAAAGUUCAAAGGCAACAUUCCAAUUUGAAAUUUUGAAUGAAUGGUGUGAUUUUGCUGAUCUGAUGUAGAAUUGUAUUAGCUGGAUGAGAUUAAAAGGGUUGAACUAA